AUGCGCAUCGCCAUGCUGCUGCACAAGCAGCGAGCGAGGGAUUAUGAGCGAUCACCAGCGAGCGAGGGUAGACCGAGGGGCAACAAGACAUCAUCACAGAUCACCACACUUCCGCAACCACCCCUGCCAUUAGCUCUGCCGAUCAAGAUGUUGUACAACAAGCUCAUCACCAUCGCCGCCCUCCUGGUCCCAGCCCUGGCCGCUCCCCAGGGCCUCGACGUCCGCGACUGCGACUACACCUGCGGCAGCCACUGCUACUCCGCGAGCGCCGUCAGCGACGCCCAGUCGGCUGGUUACCAGCUGUACUCGGCCGGCCAGUCCGUCGGCAGGAGCAGAUACCCGCACCAGUACAGAAACUACGAGGGCUUUAACUUCCCCGUCUCCGGCAACUACUACGAGUGGCCCAUUCUCAGCUCUGGCUCGACCUACAACGGCGGCUCGCCCGGUGCGGACCGUGUUGUUUUCAACGACAAUGAUGAGUUGGCGGGCCUGAUCACGCAUACUGGCGCGAGUGGAAAUGGGUUUGUUGCGUGCAGUGGGUGGUGA